AAGAGUUUAACAAGAUUGUACACCCCCUGCUACCUCCUCCUGAAGUGACUACAGCUCCUCUAAAAACGAAAAGCCAGAAGAAAAAGUAAAACUACGUCGACAAUAAUCCUCCAGCCAGUUGCCGUUGUUUUAGUAAUAGAUUCUAUAAGUAAUACAAUCUUUCACAAUAAUAAUGGAAGGAGAGAAGGAAGUUUAUUGUCUUGAGCAUUGUAAAGGAAAGAAAAUUUUUGGAUUUCAAAUUCCAAAUCACUGUCCACAUUGUGCGGAAGAUUUAAAGAAUUGUGAGCUAAAAAUGCCUCCAUUUAGGGUACCCUCUCCUUUUGGAAAUGCAAAAAAUUGUCCUUGUUCCAUAGUAUUGAAGCCAACUACAGGGAAUUUUUUAACAGACUACAAAAAAUCGGAUAAUUUGCACAUGGGAAUCGUCUCCUCUUUUGGGACUGUGUACGAGUUUGAUAUGGACGGACUGCGCUAUGAUAAAACUUACACUUGGUCUCGAUGUUUAGUUAUUAAAGAUUUAAACAAAGAUGUUGAUAAAAAUUCAUGGGCUCAAUACUGGGAUUUCACCUUGAAUGUUGUCGCUGGUCAGGAUAACUGGAAGAAAAUAAGAUAUGACGAAGACAGGAACAACUGUUUUUCAUUCGUGCUUGCAUUUCUACGAGCCCUUCAGUGUCCAGAACUUAGUCAUUAUGCCAGAGAUCGUCGUCAAUUUUGUGAGAAAUAUGUACUCCCCAAGACUGCAUUUGCUGCAAAGUACAUUUCUCUUUACAGGAAAUUACUAAGUCAAACUUAACCUUACUCUUUUUUAAAUUCUAUUAUUACCAUGAACUGUCGAAAAGGGUAAUAAAAAUUGACUGAUUAUUAACUCAA